UACAACGAGUAAGUACCUAUAUAAGCAUGUAGUUCUUCCAUAGAGCAUGACUAUUUAACCUUGCGCUGCAGUUUACUGAAUUAAUUAUGUAAUAUGACAAAGUGCCGGUAUGCGUCUUAUUGUAAUGACUUGUAAUUUGUGAAUAAAAACGUAAUAAAUACAAGUGUUAUAUCACGUAUGAUCAAUUUUAGAAGACGGAACAAUGAUAAUAAUGAAGAGAUGUCAACAAUUUAUUGCAUCUGGAAAACUAUUAGUAUCCUGCUUACAAUCUAGUCAAGGAUUACACGUGGUUAAUCAAUUACAUCCAUGGACUACAAUUCAUACUUCGUCGUUCAUUCAUGAUAAAUAUAAAAGAAACUAUAUAUCAACGGAAAAUCUGUCGAAGCCUGCUGAAGUUUCAUUAAAGCCAAACGAUGAGGUAGUACAUUCUUUAACAUCAAACGUGCAAUCAAAGCAAAAUGUAACAUUUGCUGUGAAACUAGUUAAUAAUAGUCCAUCUAAAAUCCGACCAUAUUUAAAACUAUUGAGGAUGGACAAACCAAUAGGAUCAUGGUUAUUGUUUUGGCCUUGUGGUUGGAGCAUAGCCUUAGCAGCACCAGCAGGUUGUUUACCAGAUUUUCAACUUUUAUCCCUUUUCGGAAUUGGUGCAUUUAUCAUGCGUGGAGCAGGAUGUAUAAUAAAUGAUAUGUGGGAUCAAGAUAUUGACAGCAUGGUAGCGAGAACAAAAGAUAGACCAUUGGUUACUGGAGAAAUUUCACCUCUUCAAUCAUUUGCUUUUCUUGGAAGCCAAUUAACUUUAGGAUUACUAGUGUUGUUACAACUAAAUCUUUAUAGUAUUAUAUUGGGUGCAAGCUCAUUAGUUUUAGUAAUGUUAUACCCAGUUAUGAAAAGAAUAACAUUUUGGCCACAAUUGAUGCUAGGAAUGACUUUUAAUUGGGGUGCACUUUUGGGCUGGUCUGCAGUGCACGGAUCAUGUGAUUGGUCAGUGUGUCUGCCUCUUUACGUUGCUGGAAUUUGUUGGACACUUUUAUAUGAUACUAUAUAUGCACAUCAGGAUAAAAUAGAUGAUGCUAUAAUAGGUAUUAAAUCAACAGCUUUAAAGUUUAAAGAUAACACAAAAACGUACUUGGCUGGAUUCAGUACAGUUAUGAUAAGUAGUUUAAUUACAUCAGGUAUUGUAACUUCACAGACUUGGCCAUAUUAUACAGCAGUUGGAUUAGUUAGUGCUCAUCUUUUGAAUCAAGUUUACAGCUUGAAUAUUGAUAAUCCAACAGACUGUGCUAAAAAGUUCAUCUCCAAUCACAGGGUAGGAAUGAUUUUAUUUGCUGGAAUUGUGUUAGGAAAUCUAAUGAAAGAUUCUACUAACAAACCAGAUGACAACAUCGAACAUUAGGUCUAUCAGUUGUAGAUGAAUUAAAUUGAAUUAUUUUUGAAAAUAUAUUACACAUGAAGGCAACAGUAGCACAUUUUAAAUUAUGCAAGAUAAAUUGUGUAAGUAACUGGCUGGUUCUAGUACACUUGCAUAGAAUUUGUUUUAACAAUUCCAUACAUAUAAAUGUGCCAUGUAACAGCAUGAAUUCUUAGUUAUAAUUUAUAUUAUACCAUUCUUCAAAUUGAAAGUGAUACAAUUUGAUAUUGACACAAAUGUUGACAUUAAAAUGGUCUAUGUUUAAAAAAACAACAUAACUUAAAAUUUACACCAAAGAUUACACCAUUAAUCAAUAUUAAUAAUAAUUAUAAUUAAAACUACUGUUACAAAAUAGUUGUUGUAACUGCAGGAAACAUACAAAAUAAAUUGCUUUUCUGUAUUUAAAUACUCAUUUUUGUUUGAAAAGUAAAUAUAUGUUUAUUAAAAACAUAAAUAAAUAGUACAAUUGACAGUUUCACACAUAAAAUCAACUUUCUAUUGGUAAUGUAAUUUGAUCCUGUGUGGAAUUUAAUUGCGGAUUGUUAUUUAUUGUUUCUGAAUUAUUCUUUAUUGAAAUUUCUAAUUGACUUAUUGUAUUCUUGCGUUCUAGCAUUUCCAAGUCAUAUUGUUCUUGAGUUAAUAAAGACUUUUUCAUUUUAUCCAAUAGGUUUAUAUUUGGCAAUAUUAUGGCUAAAUAGCCUCCCUUGUGUGGAGGUUCUAAUAAAAGUUUUGGAUUUUGUAAUAAUGUUUCAUUCACUUCUACCAAUUUUCCAAUUAUGCAACACUUUAUGGUGUAAGUUUUACCAUUCGAAGAAGAUAUAAUACAAAUAUUAGAGUUUGCUUGUAAAGGUUGGGCUCCAUGUUUGCUCUUACCUGAAACCUUAUUCAGAACUCUAUCCAAUUUUUCACUGACUUUGAAAUUAACUUUUGUUAUUUCUUUAUUACCUUGUAAAACUGUAUGACUUGGAGCUAAAGUGAGCAUGCAAAUACGAUUACUGUGCAUUAGAAUGCAAAUGUCAUCAUUAGGACUUUGUACAUUUAAUUUAUAAUAAGCAGUAAAAUAUCUCUCUGUGAUUGUUGGAAAUAAACCACUAUAAUGUACUUCAUCUAACAUGUCUGCAACAUUAUCAUUUGGUGGAAAUGAAAAUAAAUGAUCAUCGUCAUCAUCAUCAUCCUUUGGUAAUGAAUUUUCUUCUUCACCUUCAUCAUCAGUUAAUUCUAUGUUUUCUUGACAUUCAGAAUUCUUCUUUAUGUUAUUUUCAUUAUGAAAACUAUCUAUUUUUCUUAACUUUUCAUUGUCAUUAGAAAUAUCCUUGUCCAAAUUAACAGAUUUAAUUUUUUUUGGUAUUGGUUCAUUAUCUAUCUCGGCACUCAUUAUUAAUUAUUAUAAUGAAUGAAAUAAAAGUUCAUGAGACUAUAGAGAUAUUUUUUAUCUAUAUAUAUUUAAUAAAAAUAAAAUGUUUUCUAUUGUAUACACAUCUAACAAUAACACAUUUUAAAGCAAUCAGUUUAUAUUGAACUUUUACUUUCUUCUUUUUAAAUAUUAU